UGACUGACACUUUUCCAUACGGAACUGAAAUUGAUGAAGACCUUUUUCUUCACUUCCCACAUGAGAGAGAGACCAUCACGAGACUACCAGAGAUGUUCUUGGGUACAUGUUCUGUUAAUUGAAUUUUAGCUUGAGAAGUAAUGGGGAAGAGAGUGUUGUUAGGGGUGCAGAAGGAGAAGAAGCCCAUAAAGCAGAACAAGAAGAGGCUCUUGAAGAAGGUUGUGGAUUAUCUCACAUCAGAUUCAUAUAUGUAUGCUACCCUGCUUUCUAAUCCACCGCCACUUUCAUCAACACCUCCAAAGAUAAUCAGUUCUCCUUCUAAAGGUGAUGAUUACGAGCAAAGUAGACGCAGCCCUUUAACCUUGGGAGGAACCACAAAGGACGUCGAUCCACCAAGCACCUCAAUAGGACAGCGGGAGUCUAAGACUCAUGACGGCAUUCGAUUGAUAAGUGAAAUAGAUGCCCGAGGCCCAGCUACAGCGGCUGUUAGUGACAUAAACCAGUAGGUGUUUAUGUUUGGUACGCUCCGUAAUUAAUUGGAGAUCUAUAAGCAUGGGGUACUGGACUGUAUAUAAAUGUAUGAUAUACCUUAUACUGUUCAACUGUCUAUGGUGUUCCUUCCUGAAUGUAGCUCUGCUUUUCUAA